CCCUCGACUUCUCAUUGAAACAACAACACCGGCCACCGUGUAUAGUGAUAAAAUGUAAAACAUUCAAAAUGGGUAACCAAUUCAAAAGUGUGGCAGUAAUUGCCUGCCUAAAAUCUUUGUUGUUUAUUUUUAAUAUUGUGUUUUGGUUGACUGGCCUAAGUAUUCUAAUAGUGGGUCUCUGGGCUGAGUAUGAUCUGUACAAGUACAUGGAGUUGUCACCAGAGUUCUCAGGAACGGCGCCGCUCGUGAUCAUCGGUAUAGCUAGCCUGAUUGUGUUCCUGAGUUCCUUCGCCUUCUCCUGCAUUAUACAAGGACAACCGGUCCUGCUCUAUAUGUAUGGCGGCUUCUUGGCCUGCAUCUUCAUGAUGGACGUCGGUGUGAGCGCCUCCGUGGUGUGUUAUCGAGACACUUUCGCCAAGGGCCUGCAGGAUGGCCUAACUCAGACUAUCAUUAACUACGACCCAAAGAAAACUAACUUCGAUUUCGCACAGUCAACGCUCCAGUGUUGCGGUGUGGCGAACUACUCAGACUGGAUGCGGCUCUCCCCGCAGCGCGUAAUCCCCAUCUCCUGCUGCAUCGACACAAACCACUGCGUCACCGCCAACUACAGCGACGUGUACCAACGAGGCUGUUACGAAAUAAUCGUGGAAUAUAUUACAAGCAACAUGAACAUUAUAAUUGGAGUGGCUGUUGGAACUUCCCUCCUGCCUCUUGUUGGAGCUCUUCUGUCCUGCUCUCUCGCCAACUACAUCAAAAAAUCAAAGUAUGACUCUAUUGAAUAAGAAUAGUAUUAGUAGGUAUUACUAUUACAUAUUCUCAAUUUACGAAUUUCGAAUCUCUUUACUUAUUUGACUGACUACUUGUUUGAAGUAGUGACUUUUUAAAUGUUUUACUCUUAGAUAAUAUUCAAAUAUAAAUGAUGUUAUAAUGUUGGACUUAUACUAUAGUAUAAUACUGUCAAUGCAUGUACUAUUGAAGUUUUUAAAUCUAUACUUUAUCUUGUUCUUAACUUAUCAAUUUUAAAG